UAUGGCAGAGUAUCCAAAAACACAGAAAACUCCUGGUGAUGCAACUGAGAUCCACGUGACACUAUUAAAAAGAUGGCGUUUAUUAAAGAGGAGAGUGAAGACAUCAGGAUUGAAGAAGCAUUCGGCAUAAAACAUGAAGAUACUGAGGAACAAACAGGCCUAAUGGCACUGAAAGAGGAGUGUCAAGAACUGGAUGAAAUGGAAGAGACAAAUCAGUAUGAAAAACAUAAUGAUUUCAUUACUGGAGAAAAAUCCACACAAACUGAAAAGGCUUCCCCACAAAAAGGAUCUCAGAAGACCGAAUCCAACAGUUAUUUCACCUGCCGUCAGUGCGAAAAGAGUUUCAAUCAAAAACAAAACCUUGAAGUCCACAUGAGAAUUCACACUGGAGAGAAGCCUUUCACCUGCCAGCAGUGUGAAAAAAGUUUCACUCAAAAACAAAACCUUAAAGUACACAUGAGAGUUCACACUGGAGAGAAGCCUUACACCUGCCAAGAGUGUGGACAGAGUUUUACACAUAAAGGAAACCUUAAUACCCACAUGAGAAGUCACACUGGAGAGAGCUCUUUCACCUGCCAGCUGUGUGGGAAGAGCUUCUCACGAAAAGAAAGUCUUCAGACUCACAUGAGAAUUCACACAGGAGAGAAGCCGUUCACAUGUGGUCAGUGUGGAAAGAGUUUCAGAUGUAAAGUAAACCUUAAUUGUCACAUGAGGAUUCACUCAAGAGAGAAAAGUUUUAUAUGUCAUCAGUGUGGAAUGAGUUUCACAGAAAGCAAUCACCUUAAGAGUCAUGUAGUAACUCACAUCGGAGAGAAGCCUUUCAUGUGCUAUCACUGUGGAAAGACUUGCUCAAACAAGGCAAUCCUUGAAGUUCACACAAGAGUUCACACUGGAGAAAGACCUUUCAUCUGUCCUCAGUGUGGAAAGAGUUUCACGCUUAAAGGAAACCUUAACAUUCACAUGAGGCUUCACACUGGAGAGAGGCCUUUCACUUGUCUUCAGUGUGAAACGAGUUUCACUUUUCACACAGACCUGAAACGUCAUUUGCAAACUCAUUCUGAAAAGAAAUUGUAGUGUUCCUCAGUGUGGAUUCCUCAGGUUUACAAAAAAGAGCAUUCACUCUGGAAGAAUACUAUUUAAUUUUGAUCAGUGUAAUAAAAAAUGAUCAUCAAAAUUAUAGAUAGACCUGAAUCAUAUAUUUAAUUUUAUAUUUGAUUAUUUAAUACAACGAAAACAACAUAUUGAAUAAAUUACCUUCCCUAUUGCCGUGAAAUUCCACAACUUAAAUUAAUAUAAAAAAUAAAGUAUAUAGACCGAACACGAUAUAUUGCAGCCUUCUGUGAAAAUGUUUUAACUAUGGUGCUAGAAUUGACUCAGAAUUAAUGUAUUUACAAAAUAUUAAUAAAUGUAUAAGGUAAUUCACAUUCAUCACUAAUAUCUCAUAUUUGCAAACAGCAAUUUACACAUUCAGAACCUACACUGUCUCUACACCGGACACGAGUGGCAAGAGCAAAAGACAAUAGAACCCAUUAUUAUUAGUGAUGCUGUGCUUGCACUGCAUGUGGCGUGAUGCAACACAACAAAUCCCCGACAGUAAACUGAUGCUUUAUGAAUGUUUCUGCAUGUACAGACUGAUUGUUGAAUCUGCAUUUGAAAAUUGUCACGUGUAUGAAUCACCUUGUAUUUGUAAAUUUUUAGACUUUCUUGACAGGGCUCAAUUUGUAUGUGGGUCUGUCCAGGGCUGCGUUUCCCAAAAGCAUCGUAAGUCUAAGUUGAUCGUAGAACAAUUGCAAUCAGUGGUCUCUACAACCAAAUUAGGCUUACAAUGCUUUUGGGAAACACAGCCCAGAGCUGUUAAA